GUUGAUGUUGAUUACUAUGGAACGUUAUUUGAAGCUUUCUCAAGUAGACUUCAGUACUAUACAACGUUAAAUCUGAUGGAUAUUAUACAGAUUUAUAAGAGCCAGAGAGCGCAGACACUUCAAAUUCAGUAUGUCAGUCACAGCAGCUGCACCACAUCAAAACCCCCGGUUCCCUUCGCAACAACUAGCCGUCCCAUCCCCUCGUCAAAGUCGACUUUGUCUCCACCAACAGCAUCACCGGUUUCAAUCUCAUAUACAACCCUUUCCGUCUCAAACUCAGGACCAAAUUGCAUCUCACACGGGGGCAUGAACAGCAGACUUGGCCCACAAAGUCGCACCUUUCUUCUAAAUACAAACAACCCGCGCCCCGACGACCCCAGGCAUAUCUGUGUGCAUCCCCCUAAAUCUUGUGUUACGGUCGGAACGACCGGAGAGAGUCGGAGAAGCCGAUACGGGAAACUGGGUGGAUAUUUCCCACCCUCGUCGUUAUCUAGCGGAACAAGCAUCGACAGAGAAAUCCCGCCCGAUUUGCCUCUGGCAGCGAUUGUAAGGGAAGGUGUUUCCUGUGAUGGUGCAUAUACUGGAGCAUCUGCACCAGACCAACCUCGAGAAACACAAGUUGUAAAGGCGACAGGUGAGCUGAUGUACUCAUAAAACAUGAAUACUUUGGUAUGCGCCACCACAGUUCGUCCUUUGGCAGGUACGUCAGGCACAGGGAACACGCUAAUGCAUGCCUCCCACGUUACAAGUAUGUGGUCUGAGAAAUGGACAAAGUCUAGGAGGGCACCAAACUGAAAAGUCACAUUGGCCCAUCAUCUGAAGUUGCACUUGGAAAACUCACCAGAUCGGAUAUACGCGGGAGAAGGGCAGUACCUUUUG